AUGACAGGCCGUCAAAAUGAAUACUUUAUCCCCGGUGAUGGAAUCAGCCGCGAGGUGAUCCAAGCAGAUAUCUGUCGCUACCUUGGAAAUGAUGCACUUGUGCGACCUGGCAGCCAUGAAGGCCGCCCGGGGUUUUUUAUUCGUGCUUAUCGGAAUCUCACAUCAGACCAUCUGGAUCAACAGGAAAUGAUUGCUGAUAUCAAGGCUGACUCCGCUCGGUGGGAGGCGGAUGUCUCACGUCGGGCUGACCUAGGCUAUCCACGAGGUAGUUACAUUCAAGAUGUGAACAUGUCACACCCUCCUAACUCUGGCCCAGCCAACUAUGCCACUUCCGCUGUCCAUGAGGUUCGCCAACAACAACAGCAACAGCAACAACAGCAACAACAACAACAGGGGCCAUCCCCAACUACCUUUAGUGCUGCUCCGGCGGCACCGGCCUACAUGGAAUACCCCCCCAGCUCCUAUCCUGGACCCCAGACUGUUUCCUACAACCAAAACCCCUCUUCCUACAACCCUACACAUUCGCCUUACGGAUCAGGCCAAGCUCCGUACCCCCCACCACAAGUUUCCUACUCUGGCCCCUCUCAACCCGUGGUCACGGCUGCUGACAUGCACCCCGCUUCCUAUACCUACGCACCCGGAUAUGGUUACGAGGGUGGCCGAAAUGCCCCCAGAUACCCAGGGCCCGGCUAUAAUGACCAGUCGGACUAUUCUCCCCAAACCACCGGCAUGGCAUACCCUCCUACUACUGCCCCAGAUCCCCGGAUAGGAGGAAUGGAGCCAAGAUAUACCCCGGAAUACGAGCAACGCAGUAGACCGCAACCCACCAGAGAACGAGACCCCCACCGCCGGCGGUAA